CGAAAGCCAUGAGACAACUUAAACAUCACGAACAAAAACUAUUGAAAAAGGUAGAUUUCCUUCAAUGGAAAAAAGAUGAUUCGAUUAGAGAAAUCAAGGUCAUUAGAAGAUAUCAUUUACAAAAAAGAGAAGAUUAUCACAAAUACAACAAAAUCGCUGGUAGUAUCAAACAAUUGGCCAAUCGGAUAUCUUUAUUAGAUGCUCGAGAUCCAUUCCGUGCUCAACAAGAAAAGGCUUUAUUGGAUAAGUUAUACACAAUGGGUAUCAUAACCUCUACUAGCAAAUUCAGUGAUUGUAACAAGGUGACAGUCUCAGCUUUCUGUAGAAGACGAUUACCUAUUGUUAUGUGUCGAUUGAAAAUGGCAGAAACUGUCAAAGAAGCUGUUACUUUUGUAGAACAAGGUCAUAUCCGUGUAGGUCCUCAAACUAUUACUGAUCCGGCCUUUUUGGUUAAUCGUACCAUGGAAGACUUUGUUACCUGGGUAGAUACUUCCAAGAUCAAACGAAAAAUUCUCAAGUACAACGACAAGUUGGACGAUUUCGAUUUACUAUAGACAAACUUUUUCAUUUGUAUAUUCUCUUUUAUUCAUUAUAAUUGUAUAUUAUCUCCUCUUCUUCCUUCUUGCUAUCAUCAUCAUUCAUUUAGUUAUUUUUUUUUAAAUAGUUACAAUUACUUUAUUCUUUUUCAAUAAAACUAACAAACUAU